AUGAUUGCCGAGAUGCAGCCGGAUCUGCACCAUGACCAGCUCGAGGCCGUGGGCAAAGCCUUCGAUGCACUCCUACUAACCGUGUACCGGCUGACACACAGACAAAAUGAGCUGUUUCAGCACAUGGACAAUGUCUUCAAGCAGUACACAGAUGUGAUAGAAAUUCUGCCCCCUCAAGAUAGACAUCGUGCAUUUGACGUUCAAUCCAAGCUGCUCGAACAGAAAGAAGAAUACCGUCAGGGCCUCGUACACAGCAAGCCUCGAGUUGAGGAACAACCCUUGAAUUCCAUGGAUGUAAUAAAGACCCUCGUUGCACAUCAAAAUGUAGACGAAAAUACUUUCCUGGCCAUCAAGAACGGAGUGAAAGGGUGCAAAUCUCUGCUCCGUUCCGAAGAUAGCCUUUCCCAAAUAUCCUCCAACUCGUGCAUCCUCGCGCAAGCACCGGCUCCAGCAAUCGCGCUGGAGAAGGACUUCACAACGAAUGGCACCCAGGGAAAUCUACAUUGCCCCUUCUCCAAACCGAAUAAGAUGCAGAGCGCAAAUGGCAGCGAGGCCCCCAGUGGGAAAAACUCGGCCCCGAAGAUCCAGAUCGAAGCCACCUGCGGCCACGAGCAUCUGGACCCCAUCAGGGCUGAACUCGAAGAACGGCGCUCUAGCCACACCCCAUCAGCCCCGUCCUCAAAGGGAGCUUGUCCCGUCUCCCGAUGCCCGAUCCGAUUCCUCGAUCAACACUCCCCAGAAGAAAUCGCCGAAUACGUCGAACGACACAAACAUGAGAUCCCCCGCAGUCACGCAAUUUGCGUCAAGCGCUAUCAACGAAACCCACAAGAUAUGAGACAUUUGGACGCCAAAUACGGUGGCCUGACCAGCAUGAUCGCUGGUUUAGGUGUUAAGCACCAAGCGUUCCUGCCUGACCGUCAUACUAGCGGCGAAGGUCACUCCUCGCACUCUGCGUCGAGUGAACGCGUUGAAAAAUGGGCCGAGAACGUGGACCCCAGUACGCCCAGUGUCCCGAACGAGGAGAACAAUGAGGAGGAUAAAAAUGAGGAUGAUAACCGUCAGAGUCACUUUGACCGUCCCCUUCGUGAAGUCCGCGUGGGUGAAUCCCCAAGCAGGCCUUGGGGCAUUUCAGUGCCUGUCACACAUCUACCCCCCGCCUCAGCGUCUAUCCCAACAUCCCCCGACCUCCAAGCCGACAAGCCUGAUAACCCCGCCGAUGCCGACAUCCUUGACGCUAAGCCUGCCGGUGGCUGUCCAUUCGGCCACGGUAAAUCAAAGCCCGAGACCACAAAGCCCGAAACUCUAGAGCCCGAAAUGGAAACAUGUCGGAGUGGUGAAAGGCCCAAGGAAAAUGAUAUUGUUACACCAAAUAAACCCGGUUGUCCAUUUGGCCACGAUAAGCCAAAGACCGAAGUUCCAAAGCCUGAAAUCAAGACCCCCUGGAGUGGUGAGUGGCCUAAGACCUGGCCCAAGGACCAGGCUGUCGCAGAUCAAGCAGCCGAACAAGCACCUGAUCCCCAGGUUGCUCCGGCUGCUCCCGUGAGCGAGGGCUCGACUACGAAACCCAUCCCCCCCAACAUUCUCCACCCCCUCCCACAUCACCUUCAAUGGCCCAGUAUUCUUCGGAUAUUCCGCCGAGGAGACUGCCAGCCUCUUACGACAGUUUGGCAAUCUAGGCAAAUCAUGACCCCAAAGAGACUUUUGUAUAGUAUGUUCUUGGAAGACGCAGUCUCUUAA